AUGAAUUCAUUAGAUAUUCCUCUUACUCAAACGGCAUGGCGAUAUGAACAAAUUAUGAAAAUAGCAAACGAUUUGCAAAAAGCAGCUAUUGAUCUAGGAAUAAAAUGUAAUGAUGAUAUAAAUACUGUGGAUAUAUUUGAAGAAAUUAAAGAUUUUGAACGAUUCAUAUUGUCAAGUAUUGAAUCAGUAAUAUUUUUGGAUUUAUCACAAAUGAUUCAUGAUUAUAAGCUUAAAGAACCGUAUCAAAUAUCGAAAUUUCUAAACAGAUUUUUCUCUCAUUGCUCGUCACAAUAGCUUUACGUGAAAGAAGUUUCAGCAAACUUAAAUUGAUAAAAACUUACUUAAGAUCUACAAUGGUUCAAGAUUUGAGAAUGAUGAUACUUUCAACAGAAACAAAAUUAGAAAGAAAAUUAUAUCGGAAAGUAUUAACAUUUUGGAUUCUGAGUGGAACGAAGAAGCUUAUUGUUUUACAAAAAUGUGUAUUUUUAUUUUAUUUUUUUCUGUGCAUAACUUUUCUACCAGCAAUUUUGCUCCAACUUAUAAUGAUAGCAAUGUUUUCAAGGUUAAUAUUAUCUUUUCCUAAGAUAAUAAAAAUAAUCAAAUUCUGUUCACAACUCACAGAAAUAAGGACUAAAAAUAUUUAGAUUUGAAUUACAUUCUCGUGUUUCGGUAAAAAAAAACUAAAAAAAAAACCACUUUUUGUUAUAUUAUUUUUAAAAUUAAUUACCAAAACAAAAAACAAUUGAAAUAUAAAUAUGUGUAUGAGUGGUCCUUAACCCCGUGAGUAAUAUAUAUAUAGAAAAAAAAAAAACAGAAUUUGAUUAUCUUUAUAAUCUUAGAAGAUAUAAUGAUAUACCUUAUAUAUACGAGGUGUGGCUAUUAAAUAACGAGACUGGUUACGAAAAAGUAUUUUAUUAUAAAAAUUAUUCUACAUUCAAACGCUCCCCUUCAAUAUACUCCCCUCCCCUCGCCACACACCGUUUCAUUCGUUUUUUCCAUUGCUCGAGUCAAUAUACUCCCCUCCCCUCGCCACACACCGUUUCAUUCGUUUUUUCCAUUGCUCGAGGCAGUGCCCCCUCCCCUCGCCACACACCGUUUCAUUCGUUUUUUCCAUUGCUCGAGGCAGUGCUGGAACCAUUGCUCGNCCAUCGACUCAAACCGGAUUCCUUUUAAGGCAGACUUUAUCUUCGGAAACAAGUAAAAGUCGCAGGGUGCCAAGUCGGGUGAGUAAGACGCGUGUUCGAGUACUGGAGUGCCUUAAGCGGCCAAAUAACGCUUCACGCUUUAUCCUGGUGCAAGAUCCACGACUUGUUUUUCCACAAUAUCGACCGUUUCUUACGAACUCAUUCGCGCAAUGUUGCCAAAACUGUCAAAUAGUAAUGUUGGUUCACAGUUUGACCCUCUGGAACCCAUUCAGUCAUCACAAUGCCGUUGAUAUCGAAGAAAACGGUUUUGAAUUUGGAUUACGACUGAAUUGGAUUCCGGUGCACUCUCGACCUUCAGAAAAUAAUUUAUGCCACUCAAAAACACGUGCCCGAGAUAGGAAAUCCUCACUAAAGGCCUCUUUUAACAACUUAUAGCACUCAGUUGGAGUUUUUUUUUAGUAUUCGAAUAAAUAGAUUAGUAUUUAUUAAGGCUUUUUAGAAUGAUGUACGGACAAAUAAACGUGUCCAUUUUAUUGACUACCAUGAAAGUAUCCUAUCUUAAAAAAAUAAAAAUAAAGUAGUGGGGCAAGCGUUAUUUUUUAAAAAUAAAAUGAUCGUGAACGUUCCAAACACUAAGUUUAAUAAACAUAAUACUAAUUAACAUAUUUUUUUUUUUAGAAACUCGUAAAUACUGUCGGCAUGAAAAAAAUAACAGAUUUAGAACAAUUGCAUAAGCAAAUAUUUAAUAAUUCCGAAAUUAAUCAAUGGGCUGAUAACUGUAACAAACUGAAAACAGAAAUAGUAACGUGUGAAAAAGAAGAAUUAUUUAGUUUGAUUACGCAUUUGCUUGGUCAACUUAAUGAAAAUGCCGAGAUAAUAAAUAAUGUCGUAGGUGAUGCAGAAAAGAUAAGAUGCAAAUUAGAUGAUGAAAAAAAAAAAUCAAUAGAAAAAGAUAACAGGAUAAACAAAAUAAAACUGGAAACAUUUAAACUUAAGAAAGAAAAUGAAAAAGCGCGUGUCGAUAUGAUAGAAUUAAUAAGAAAAUUUAGAAAAUUAUUGAACAACUCAGAAGAACGAUCGAAAAUUAAAGAUUUAGAGAUAUUAAAAAGAAGAAAUGACAGUAUUCGAUAUGAUGCAGAGGUGAAUGAAUACAAAAAUAUAAUUUUGGACCUAGAGUCCGAAAUUAAACACCGGAACGAGCUAAAUCAAAAAUUGAACAUUAAACACGAUGAUUUAUAUGACAAAUACGAUGCGUUAAAAGAAAAAUAUUAUGAACAAAAUAAAAUAAAUGUGAAUCACGACAAUGAUACAAAUGAUCCCAGCGCAAAGAUAGUUAACAGCAAGAUAAUAACUUUAAAAAAAAUUGACAUUUCUGGAAUUUUGAUAGAUUCUCAGAUAGCUAAAUUAACACAGAAUCUUGCUCAACGCGAUAAUGAAUUAUGCGAAUGUAUAAAGCAAAAAAAUGAUGCGCAAUCCGAAUUGACAUUAUUAACUAAAUCGCAUAGUAAAUUAUCUACGGAGUUCAAUGAGUUAAAUAAUAAACAUCAGACACUAAAAACACAAUUUGACGAACUUACUAAAACCAUCGAAAGUAACAAUUAUAAAAUAGAGAAAUUUUGGACAGAUAAAUUAAACUCCGCGAAUGAAGAAACCAAGAUAAAAGAAGCUGAGCUAAUUCGGAGAAUUACUCAAUUUAAGAAAGAGUUAAGCGAUUUAAAAAAAUCGAAAAAUUCGGCCAAAAAUGUUGGUUUGACCAAAUGGAAUAGUAAUUUAAGGUCAUUACAAACAGGCAAAAAAGUAAUCGCAUUAAAUGAACCCAUAGCAAUAAGGGAUAGAAACCCAGUUUUGAAAAUAGUGCCAGACAAUGAAAAUGAAAAUAAUCCAGUUGGAAAUGAUGCAGAAAGUAAUGCAUUACAAGCUGAUGAGAACUCAAUAAUAAAUACCGCAGAAAAAGAGGAAGAAAAUUCCGAAGAAAAUCCCAGCUUAAUAAAAGAACGCAAACAGAGCAGGUUUUCAAUAUUAUUUAUAUUAUCGUUGUAUACGAGUAUCAGGAUAUAUAUAAUUAAGCAUGGUAGUCACUGUCGGCUUAGUGUAUAAAACGCCUCGGCCACGGUUUUCUUUCGAGGGUCUCAAUUUGUUUUUUACUUUAUAUCCCAUAAGCAAUUGAACAAGGACUAAAGACAUUUGAGCAUUAAGUUAUUGUUUUAACAACAAAAUCAUGUUGACAUUGAAUUUCAAUUUCAAACCAGGGUUUACCAUUGCUAACAAACUACGAUUCGGAGCGAAGUUCGAUAAUGCAUAUUUUGCAAUGCCGUAAUUUUUAGGGUUUUCGUCAAAACUUAAAACGCUUAUGCAGUUAUGCGUACAACUAAAAUUAAUACAUUAAACUCAAAUUUGUUUUUUAAACCACCAAGUUCACCCAAAAUGCUCCACACUUUACCAUAUUUUCUACGUUUUACCUGGUUUUUCGUAAUUAUUAAGAAAACUAUAUGGAAAAAUCAAAGAAAUCAAACGAAUGUUUUACAAAACAACGACUUUCUUACUCGCAAACUAGACAACAUUUUGUUUCAGAAAAUAUGAUAUUCUUGACAUUUGGACAAAGAUUUCCGGUAGAAAAAUAUAACCUAACAAAUUUUAAAUAAUCAAAUCGUUGCCCCGUAAUUUAAAAAAAAUCGUAUUUUCCAUUAUUUUGGUUUUCCUCAAUUAUUAGUAAAACUUCUAUAGAAUUAAAAAAAUAAAAUAACAAAAACUUUUUCUGAGGGCGGUUAGAUAUUAAAUGGAACAAAAUCGGUCUCAUGAUAUUUUUCAAUUGAACAAGAUUUCUAGUGGAAAACAUCGUUUGUAAAAAUUAAAAAUAAUGACAGCGGCAACGUCACAACGCAACGUAAAUAUUUGCCGUUUCACCUAUAAUUUUCUUACCGGUUUUUCCCAAUUAUUUUUAGAAACCCUUGGGAAGUCAACAAAUAACCUACCCAAUUUACCAACUAGAUAAUAAUUCCUUUCAGAAUGGAUACUACACUUAAUAUAUUGGAGCAAGUUUUCUAUUUGUAAAGAUGCGCACAGGUACAGGAGUAAAAAAAAAAAAGUUAAAAACAUACGCCAUAGUAAAAAAUAUCAAUAGAUCCCACGCUACGUUCAGAAUCUAAAACCUAACUUGUGUAUGUUCGUAACGAUUAAUUAUACUUAAAGAAAAUGUGUUAUCAAACAAUUGAAAUAACAAAAAAAUAAAUCUAUGCUAUUGCGGCAUAUUUUCUAAAAGGAAAUCCAAUCUCCGUGGUAAUUUAGGCUAGGUUCCCGUGGACGCGCGUUAGUCGGCCGCGCGCGUUUAGAUGUACGGGUUUCUCAUACAUCGUUCACGUGGCGCGCGUCGAUCGCGAUAACGACGCGAGAGAAUCCGUUCCCGCGCGAACACGCGCGUGACAGCGCGGAUUGCAAUACCGCGUGUCGUUAUCGCGGGCCGUACAGUUGACGCGCGCGUUUCGAUGCGAACGAUCGAAUUUUAAAAUACAUUUGAUUAGAGCAUUUCUGGGCAACGCGCAGUGACACGCGGCCAUGUGGGCGAUAAACGCGCGUUUUGUGGCCAGCUAACGCGCGUCCACGUGAACCUAGCCCACCCUUGGGGAGAUCGUUUUUCGAUUUUUCAAACUUUUUCAUAAUAUCUGGGAAAACCGAGAUAAAUGUCGAUAAAUGAGAUAAAUUUACCAAAUGUAUGUAUAAAUAGAAAAUGCAUGGCCUUUUUUUCUGCGUACAACUUUUCUACCGGCAAUUUCGCUUAAAACGAUUAAAAUGAUAUGCAAUUUUUCUGCAAGGAAAUCUGACUGGCAAGGUACUUUAGGCAGGUCAUUUAUCAAUUAUUUUCCUAAGAAUGUUCUCAGGAAAUUGGAAAAAAACAUGGGAAAACUAGGAAAAACGGUACAAUAUUAAACAGAUAUUAUUAAAAAAAAUAUAUAAUGCUCAUUUAAUUAUUUUACUAUAAUAUAACACAUAAAUUGUUGACGAAACAUCACAUGAUCGUUUUUUCGUUAGCAAUGGUUUAUCAUACCAUUAUCAGAUAUACAUUAAAAUACCUACAACAGUGGAUGCACCCGUCUCCAUUAUCCUAGGACGUCUUUAUUAAGUUUAGAUGCAGUAGGUAUAAAAUGAACGGUGAACAUUUAUAUUAAUGUAAACAUUGGUGCAAUUAGGUCUAAAAUAUUAAGGGGGCUGAAGCCCUUCAAUAAAUUCAGUUAAAACACGAACCAUGGGGCUCAACAAGUACAACUAGGUACGCGUUGGCUAUAUGCCCCUAUAAUAUUUAUUAGAUAAAACAAAUAACAAUGUUAUAAACUAUAAACUAAAAUAGGUUCUUUUGAAGAACUUUAAAUCUAAUACGUGUUACAUAGAAUAUAAUUAAAUUACGAUUAAAUUGAAAAUAAUCAAUGUGUAAACCAAUAUCUUAGAUUUUAAGACAAAAAUACUGGGGGGGGGAAGGUUAAAAUAAAUUUUGGUCGUGCUUAGCCUCCUCCCCUAACUCGUUCCCUAGUUGCGCCUAUGAAUGUAGCUCAUAAAUCAGCUCAUAAUUAAUAACAAAGUUGUAAAAAUUCUUAUAAAAAGUAUUUCAAUUAACAGGUGCGUAUUUGCCCUAAAAAUGGUUUAAAUGCACUUCAAUAAAAAAAAAUAUAUUAAAAAAUGAUCUAAAAAUUAAUUUAAACGUUAAAAAAACUUCUUUUUUUUUUUUUGGUAGGAGGGGGUAUACAGUGCAAAUAGUGCAAUACGACUACUUCACAACUCGAUAAAUAGCUUAUCGGUUUCUUCAUUGUAGCUGACAUCGUAUUUGUCUGGUACAAUUGGUAAAUCUAUACCUAAUACAUUUUAAAAGGAAAUCAAAAUAAAUUUUAUCUAAUUUUUUUAUAGCACCUUCAAUAGUUCGUAUAAAGAAGAAAAAUGCCUUAAAACCUAUAAAAGUAUUUAAAAUAAAUAUAAAAAUAAAAAAUGUGUAUUUAGAAUUAAAAACAAAUAAAUAAAAGAAUGCGUUGCCUGGAGUAUUAUGAUAAAUACGACCGGUUUCGAAUUAAAAAUUCAUCAUCAGUAAACCACAGUCAAAAUGUAAAACACGACUGAAUAUAAAAAUUAAAUAAAGAAAUUAUUUUAUUUUUUUUCUAUGUAUUCCUUCAUAUAGAGAAUAUAUUAAUAUUUAUUUAUUAUAUGUGUAUAUUUUGUUUAAGUAAUCCAAGUGAAAUUCCAAUAAAACUAAAGACCAAACCAGAUAAAAAGAUUAUGCCGACCCCAAAAAACCUGUUCAGAAAAAUGCCAACUUAUUACUACGGAAACCUUUUAAAUAAGGAACUGGUAACCUAUGCCAUAUAUCUAUUUAUAUUUUCUAUCCAUUUUGUGUACCAGAAAAUUGUUUAACCAUGUUUGCUUAUUAUUUCAGUGUCCAAGAACUAGAGAUCGAUUUAAUGGGGACAAAAACACUAAGAAAUAAAAAUCUGACAGUAUACAUUACCGAUAAGGCAAUAACUAAUAUUUACGAGUACAAAUAAUAACC